CUAUAGGGACCCCAAAUGUCCGUCGCAACCUCGAUUCCCGAUACUUCUCUAGGCCUCACUUCUUCUGAAAUCCAAAUUCUUCGACAACAACAGCAGAUCGCGUUGCAAGGAGGAGGAGGCCAUGCCGGUAGCGUCUCGAGAGGGCGUGGCUCUGGCCGGAAUAGCAAUUCUAGUUCGCGCGCCACAAGUGCGGCCAGUAGUCAGGGCCGACUCUUGCUUGAUCCUAUGAGCUUGAGGGCGUUGUCGCAUCAGUUGGAAUAUCUGCAGGAGCAGAUCCAUCAUCGCAUUGAACAUUUAGAAGAUCAGAUGCAAGCGUCAAUACAAAACAGUCGAGACCGAGCCGGUAAUGUCAUUCGCAAUGCCGAUGCAGAGAUUGCGCGCACCCGUGCCAUCCUGGCAUCAAUCGAUGAGUUGGAGAACGAACUCGCCAAAAUCGGCCACAUCCGAGACAUUGUCAAAUCAUUUCGUGCUCGUAUUGAAAGCUAUGAUCACCGCCUUGAUCAGGCUGCUCGUCGUCGAUGAUUCUUCUUUAGUUCCGACUAUUGGCAUUAAUUAUUGCAUGGCUUUGUUGACGAUGUACUAUUUCAACCCGAUGGCUGACAUUAUCGGUCGUAUGUGCCCUGGCGGUACCCAAUCUCUGCUCUGCCAUGCACAGACGCAAUACUUCUUGAUCUCUGUGAGGUCAUUCUAUUCGCAGGCGGCAAGCUGCUGCAUACCCUUCUACGCAAUUCAGCCGGCGGCUGAGGCUUCCUUUCAGUUUACGACAUCAUACAAUACUAGUCCUCGCGGACAAAACGACUUGCGACUGAGGCGCCUAUAAAACACAAGACGUGAUGCUCUGGAUGUUUAUCAUCGUAUCUCUUCAGCCUUUCUCAUAGGCAUAUCUUAUCUGUCGACUAUUUUUUUUUGGUCUUUUCUUUUAUCUAUUUCGGCAUAGGGAAUGGCAUAAAGAGUUGGUUCUCGGCCUCGCGGCCAUCUCAAAUUCUCAGAGUCCAUUCAAACGUUGGAUCUCAUGAUGAAACAAGAGGGGAUCGGUGUAUUGGAGUUUUAGUGGUUGUUUCUUUGUUUUGCCCGUUUCUACUUGAGCUCGUUUAUAUCCCUCUUGGCGAUUGCUUAUUCCUCUCAUCUUCACCCUAUGUCAAGCGAUACCUGUUCUUUGGGCAAGUGAUUUCCAUUCCUAGCAAGUGUUUUAUAUAUCCCUAUCUGUUCGGCGUUUAUAUUGAUAUUGAGAUAAUUUGAUCAAAUCUUCAUUCUACCAGGUACAGUGGACAUACAG